GUCAUCAGGUAAAUAUCACCUCAUUGUACGAGGCCUUACGAGCUCCGUCGUUGAGGUGCUUCGCACAAUGAACGCAUCCUGUUUCGUUUACUACCACAGCAAUCAUUUGCAAGAUGACGCGUAACAUGCCAGACCAGAAAAAUGAUACGCAAAAAGUUCGCAUGCUGCGACCACUAGGCAAAUCCGAACAGCUUUCUGCGGUGUCUCACGCCCUUGGCUUCUUCAAGAAUGUUGGCAUGUCUGCACACUACACCUUGUCAAAUAGUACCGAAUCACCUGAUCUGAAACGUGUGAUCUAUGCAGCAUUGACGGACGUCGUGGAGAAGCACUCUAUCCUCUCUGCCAUUCCCAUAGAUGAAGCGUCUCCAGAGGCUUACUUUGCGAGAUUGGGGUCAAUCAAUCUUACAAAGUGCGUGUUCUGGAAAACACGGACAGGCUGUGCUACGCAAGGAGAAGGAGACCGCGAGCUCGACACGAUUCUCGAAGAGCAGCAUAACAUUGACUUCAAAUCCAGUUACGGUGGUCUACCCUUCUGGCGCCUCAUCAUUCUGCAAGACUGUAGGACUGGAAGCAGUUUCACUGCAUCGUUCAUCUUCCACCACAGUCUCGGCGACGGCGCAACAGGGUCAAUCUUCCACACGUCUUUCCUUCAAGCCCUAAAUAUCGCCAUCUCUCUGCCAUGUUCCGUCGCCCACAGCAACACGUGCAUAGCCGUCGACCCGAAAAUUCAGCUUGUCGAACCUCUGGAACAGCUUCACCCUUUGCCCAUCAAUCCCAAUCCCCGAGACCACCGAGCAGAUGGAGGAGAAGAGUUGAAAGAGUGGUUUGGAAAACCUAUCCACACAACCCUGAAAUCUCAUUACAAAACACUGUACUUCUCAUCCGCAACCACCGCGAAGUUCACGAAGAGGUGUAAAGACAACGGCAUAACAGUUACAUCCGGUCUCACCGCCGUACUAGCAGGCGCUCUCUUCUCCGUUCUACCAGACACGGUGGAAGCGCUCACGGGUAUUAUACCAAUCAACCUCCGCCCGUGGCUCGAUCUACCUCCAAACUCAGCGGAUGCCGCGAUGGGAAGCUUUAUUGACGCGAUGAAAGUACAAAUUCGACGGUCGCAGUACAAAGAAAGCGGCAACGAUCAAGAAAGCACAAUAAGCGGACUGCGGGCAGCACGUCACACCGCAAACGCACUCCAAAAGUAUCUAACAGCAAACGCCUCACCAACCGGCGAACCAUACACUUCCAUCGCGCCGUUCAAACUCAUUCCUGAUAUCGCCGCAGUGUUUACGUCCAUGCUCGGUACGACCCGCGACGCUGCAUUCGAGAUAUCAAAUUUGGGUCGCUUUUUACCUUCACCCGCUGCCCAUCUCAGCCCUAGUAACGAAACCGGUGCGCACUGGCGGAUUGGUAGAAUGGUGUUUAGUCGCAGUGCUGUUGCGUUUGGUGCGGCCGUUACGACGAGUGUUGUUACGGGAGUGAAUGGGGGAUUGAGUGUGGGGAUCUGUUGGCAGGAGGGUGUUGUAGAGGGUCGUGUGAUUGAGCAGGUUAUGAAGAGGUGCAGGGAGGGGGUUGAGGGCUGUGGGUUUUGA